GGUUAACAAAAUUCAGUUUUCACUUUUGUUAAGUGGUUAAAAACAGUUUUUCCUGACAGUGAGAUCCUUAAAAUCAAAGAAAUAUUAAAAAAUCUUAUGUACAAUAAUAAACACAUUUAACACUUAUAUUAAGUAAAUUCAAGUUUGUUAACCAUUUUCUUUUCUUUUUUGCCUGUUUGAAAUACAAUUUCACAUUUAAAUGUUUUCUGUCACAUAUCAGUUUAUCAUUUAAACAAUCUGUAAAGAAGUUUACUGCUAAUAUAAACUUUAAUAUUUUUCAACCUGUACUGUGUAAGUGUGUUUUCUACUUUGAACCUUUUUUUCAUUCCGACAGAAGGAACUCGCACAGGAGUGAAAAUGAGACUUUGUGGGUUUUAGUGACGGUUAUUUUUAGCUGUGGGCUCAACGUUCACUUCGUUCACGUCGCAGUGAUGACUUGUUCAUUUGGUGGUUGGACUGAGAUUAACCACAGUAUCAUAGUUGGUUUGAAUUUUUUUUCAAUCAUAAUCUCACAAAAUCCUGGUCAACCACAGCCGCAGAGUCACAUGACUUCGAUGAAUCGUACUCACUGCUUCUUCUAAAGUGGCAACACGGGGAAAAAAAAAAGUGAGAAGGAAGCUGAAGUGAAACCGAGCAGCUUCAGCUUCAGCUUCAGCGGACGCCUCGGUCGUCAGUGUCACUUGUGUCGCGGCGCUGAUGCAGCUGUGAUGUCAGAGCGUCUGGAGAGGAGCGCGAGCAGCAGUGACCCGUGGGACACGUGUGAGUGCUCACAGGAUGAAGGCAGGAUGAUGAAGAGGAGAGAGAAGAACAGAGUAGCAGCUCAGAGGAGCCGCAAGAGACAAACACAGAGGGCUGACCUGCUGCAUCAGGCUUGUGAACUGCUGGAGCAGAGGAACCAAAAGCUGAGGAGAGAGGUCGACUCUUUGACUGAAGAACAUCAUCUUCUCACCGAGGCUUUAAAAGCGCAUGAGCCUUUCUGUCCCAGCAUGCACUGCUUCUCCUCCUCCUCUUCGUGCAGCCUGCAGCCUGACAACAGUGCCCCCUGCUGCGUCUGA